UCGCCGAGUCUUAUGUUGAGAAACUUGAGACCUGACUUAUUUCAAUCAUCACUUUCGAGACCUUACGCAAACUCUUCACCUUCCCUCCAUACGUCUCCCGAAGAGUCUACAUCGUCCUACCUGAACAAAUACACUGUAAAACGGCUUCCGAUUGCUAUACUGGCGAACAUAAUUGGAACUGUCAUUGUUGGAGGUAUAUCGUGGGAUCUUCUAUACGCUUGGUAUCGGAAUAGAUGUAACGAACGUCUUCUCAACGAGACAGUGGAACAGGGCACUCGACCUGAUGUGGGAGCUUCAGAAGACACAUUGGUUCCUCGACCUGUAAUUAUGGAGCGUCUUAAAAAGAUUCUUCAGCCUGAUGAAGACCAAUCAUAUUAUCAUGUGGUCUGUGGAGAACACGGAACUGGGAAAACCACGUUAACCAGAAUUGCGUCAAGGAAAGUAGGGGAGGAUAAGGACAAGGGUAUACAGGGCGGAAUGGGUGUCAUAUACGUUGAAAUUCCUGCUGAUGCAGAAGAUAUAGAGGACUUUGGCAUAGCAUUUGGAAAAUCUCUUAACUUGGCAUUUGAGGAACGUAUCUCUUUUACGGGACAGUUUAUGAAUAAAAUAUUAGGUCAUACCAAUAGUAAAGAUGAGCGUCCCAAGUGGAAAAGAGCCUUAGAAGCCUUCAAGCGUGCUAGUGCAGUGUACGAAGCAAAACACAACAAACCUCCAGUCAUCGUUUAUGAUAACGUUGCCAAAUUAGUUAAUGUGAACCCAAAAGUUCUUGAUACUCUCCAAGAUGACGCUAAAAUGAAUGCUGAUCACCGAAAGUACAUCGCAGUAUUUGUCAGUAGCGAAGGUUCGGUUCCUCGAAGAAUGGAAUCUCGUAGUGCUUGGUCACGUGCAGACAAACCAGUGAUAGAAAUCGGAGACCUUAGCGAGGAAGAAUCAAUGGAAUAUCUAAUCGACAAGCGCAAGAUCAACUCUGUAGAGGCAAAAAAACUAUAUGAUUUAGUAGGUGGACGCAUCUUAGAACUGAAGGCCACGGCUGAUAAAUUUCAGGCUAGACAACCCUUUGAAGUCAUUAAAGCGCAAGUCUUUGGUACAGUUUAUGAUAAUCUUGAGAAGGCAGAAAUGAAUCCACGUCAACCAUAUCACGAGGCGGCAAAAAUUAUAAUAAGAGCUUUGUUAAAUUCCGAUGGUAUCAUUCAUGUUAGUACGCUUCGAGAAAUGACCAAAGUGGAACCAAGCAAGUUGUUGGAUGACCUUGCAUGGGAGAAAUCGCUCAGGGAUCCAAAGCCUUUGACCAAGACAACAUGA